AUGGAUCCCGUGUCGCUGCAGGACUUCGUGUGCGCCCUGAACCCCGCCUCCCUCCCGCGUGUGCUGCGGGUCUGCUCGGGGGUCUACUUCCAGGGCUCCAUCUAUGAGAUCUCUGGGAAUGAGUGCUGCCUCUCCACAGGGGACCUGGUCAAGGUCACCCACGUUCGCCUCCAGAAGGUGGUCUGUGAGAACCCGGGGACAGGCCAAACCAUUGAUCUCACUGCCAGCUUCCAGGGCCGCUUCAGCUCCUUCACCAGCUCCCAGAGCUAUGAAACCCUGGAGGAGCUGCUCUCUGCUGCAACCCAGAGCUCCAAGCAGCUGCCCAUCUGCUUCAUGUCGACCCACAGAAUCACCACCACGGCCAGUGUGGUGCCUGAGGAGCAGCCCCUGAAGCUCGAGGCUGUGGAAAUGCACCACGGGACCCACUGUGCCCGCUGCGUCCUGUAUGCCGGGGCCCAGCGUGUCCUUCUGCACCUGCCUCUGUCCCAGAAGGGGCCCUUCUGGGAGCUGGAACCUGGGCCCCCUCAGACUCUGCUCCAGGUGCUGCAGCACCCAGCUCUGAGGGACACCCUCCUCACCUGCCCUGACCUCCCCUGGUGCCCCCUGACCCUGAUGCCUCAGUACGAGGUCGAAGCCAUCAUGCACAUGCGCAGGACCAUCGUCAAGAUCCCCUCCACCCUGGAGGUGGACGUGGAGGAUGUCACCGCCUCCUCUCAGCACAUUCACUUCAUACAGCCGCUGCUGCUGAGCGAGGCCCUGGCCCGAGGAGGCCCCUUCCCCCUGUCCACGGAGAUCCUGGAAGUUCCGGAGGGGCCCCCCAUCUUCCUCAGCCCGUGGCUGAGCUCCUUACAGAAGGGCCAGAGGCUCUACAUCUACGGCCUGGCCUCGCCACGCUGGCGGUUCCUGGCCUCAACCAAGGGCCGGAAGGUGCCCAGACACUUCAUGAUCUCCGGGGCCUACCAGGGCAAGCUGCGGAGGCGGCCGAGAGAGUUCCCCACGGCCUACGACCUCCUGGGUGCGCUCCAGCCAGGCCAGCCACUCCGGGUAGUGGCCAUGAAGGACUGUGAGGGCGAUGGAUUGGAGAACCCCGGGUUCACCUCGCUGGCGAUGGGUGACAGGCUGGAGGUGUUGCAGUCUGGCCAGGCCCUUGGGGCUCAAGACAGGGACAUAGAUGUCUUGGUGUGUCGGAGGUUGAGUGACCAGACUGGGGAGGACGAGGAAGAAGAGAAUGAAGAGGUGGAGGACCAAGAACAGAUUCUGCUGCCCCUCUACUUCUCUGGUGGCUUCGUAGAGGAGUUGAGUGACGGCCGGCGCUACAGCCUGCAGGAUCUGACUGACCAGUUCUCACUGCCUUGUGAGGUCAAGGUGGUGGCCAAGGAUACCAGCCACCCUGCUGACCCUCUGCCCUCCUUCCCGGGCCUGAGGCUGGAAGAAAAGAUCACAGAACCCUUCUUGGUGAUCAGCCUGGACUCCAACCCUGGGAUGUGCUUCGAGAUCCCUCCCCGGUGGCUGGACCUGACUGUCGUGGAGGCCAAGGAGCCGCCGCCAAGCCAGCCGGCUGGGUCCCUCACCGUAGCCACAGUGGAGGAGCUGACGGAGGCCUUUUACUAUCGCCUUCGAAAGUUACCAGCCUUUGAGAGUCAAGCUCCCCCGCCCAGGCCUCCGAAAAGUAAGGGCCUCAGUGGGCAGAAGCAGAUCAGCAAGGAGAAAGGCAUCAAGUCUUCUCAGGUCUCAGAAUUGCAGGAACCAUCUCUGCUGCCUAAACGCAAGGUGAAGACCUUGCCACAGGUCACCAAGGACAGCUCCAACUUAUACAGUGGGAUUCCUGGCUACAAGGGCCUCAGGUCCACUAAGCCCAUCACUCAGGAUGCAUAUGACGACCAUGAUUAUGAAGAAGUACUUGAGCGGUUUCCAAAAACCCUCUAGGUGCUGGAGGAACCUCACUUCCUAACUGCUGUUUCUCAGGGAGCCCGAGACCCCAGCCAACUGUUACGAGCCUUUAGAGGACCUUGGACAAGGUCUCUCAGAAAUCGGACUGUGGACAAGGAAUGGCUGUGUGGGGACUGACUGGAACUAGGAUGGACUCUGUACCAGCUUCCCUCGGUUCUAGGUUCCUGCCACCCAAGGCUGGCUUCUCUAGGCCCAGCAUCCAGCACCUUGCAUUUGGCGCUCUCAGCCUCGGAGCUUUGGUAUCAAGUAGCCAACUGGGUUCUACUCAAUCCUGCAUCCCCAAUACCAGGUGUCCCACUGGUUAGUGCAGAAAGGAAUCCAAAAGACUGCCCACCUUGGUGAUGGUGGCACAGUACCUCCUGCCUCUUGGUAAAGGGGACUCAAUCCUGAUCACACACUGCACUGAGAGCCUUUUUUAAUGUUUGCCACUCCCUGCUCUACUCUCUCCUCCCGCUCCCCCUCCCCAACCCAGGCUCUCAGCCCCCAAGGGACCAGGACUGCCUUCCUCAUCUCUGUAGCACCCAGCACAUGGUAGUUGCAGGUGACUAUCCAAGAUUAUUUCACUUUAAAACCACAGAAUAAAAAUGACAUUCUGAGCUUCCGGAAAACUGAUAAGAGAUGAUCACUUAUUAAGUUCUGUCUGUGUGCCAGACUCUUUACCAACUCUAUCUAAAUCCUGAACUCUCUGAGGUAGACAAUGGCCUGGUUUUAAAGAUGGGGCAACAAGCUAGUCUAGCAUGCUUCAGCAGGCAGGCUGGUCAUGGGCCUGGGUUAGGAUCCCUGCUCACCACCUGAGUGAUUUUAACCUCUCUAAGCUUCAGUUUCUUCACAUGGAAAAUGAAACUAAGUUAUCUACCUCAAAGGAUUGUUUUAAUGAUCGACUGAGAUAAUAUCUGUAGGGCAUUUAGCAGAGUGCCUGGCACAUAAUAAACAUUCAAUAAACAUGUUAGUAUCAUUUUUGUUGACCCAG